UGAGUUUGGUAUUUUAGCCAACUGCGGUCACACUGUUUUUGGGAGGAAAAAUAAAAACAAAGAAAAUUCAUCUUUCCUAACAGAAUUUAGAAUUUAAUAUAGUUUUACGCACCAAAAACCAGCCAAAUGGAGCCCAACGAUGAGGUGGUCGAACGCCAGAAGCUGGUCAACGAUGUGGAAACGGAGGAGGAAGCCCAAAGCCAAAGUGCACCCAAAUCAGCCACCCCCGCCUCGCCCGCCGUUCCAAAUAUCAAAAUCAAGGGCAUAUCCAGUGGGGAGACCACGCGCAGCAGAAACUCCGCCUCCUGCUCCAUAGAGCGCACGAUAUCCGAAAAGGAGAAGGACAACAAAAGUCAGGGACAGGGUCAAGCGGCCACGAAGGUGACAUAUGUGAAUGAGCGGCGGCCACGCCCACAGGCGCAUGCGGGGAGUGGCGGCGGAGGAGGAGGCGGCGGCGCUGGAGACGAAAGAUUCGAGUUCAAGACCCGGCCACGAAAAUUGCUCAAAGAUCGUGAUCCAUUGGAACCCACACACAGCAGUGCCAACAGCCUGAAUGCAAUCACUUUGGUGAGCAGCGAGUGGCUAUCACCUGAUCCCACAACCACGAACAACAACAACACCACCACCCCCAAGAACAACAAUAACAACAACAACGAUAGCACAAAACCCAACAAUAACAAUCAACCAAGUAAUAGCAAUCAGAACACACCGCGAUCGCAGCGUCGAAAGAAUGCCCCAGCUUCGAUGCCAAAUGCCAGUGUCCACAGCGCUAAAUUCGACGAUCGUCCAAUAAAACAUCAUUCCUUUGUCUCCGAAGUUCCCGAUGUGAAGCACAUGGAGCGAGCCCUACUAGGAUUGCUGGAUGAUUUUCACUCCGGCAAGCUGAAGGCUUUUGCAGGUUCCGGCUGCACAAUGGAUCAGAUGACCAAGAUCCGCGAGCAGCAGGAGAGCCUGGCCAAACUGCAUUUCGAGCUGGCUGCCGCCGAGGAGGACUCCCUGGAGCACGGCAACGAGUUCAACACCAACAAGGCGCAGGAGAAUAUGCUGCAGCUGAUGCAGCGCCUGGAACAGCUAUCCAUUUCCAUCGAGCAGCUACAGACAAGCCACACGGGUCUCUGAGAUUUGGCCCAGCCGCAGGCCUGGGAUCAACGCCUGCUCUGGCUCUGAGCACACCGGAAAAAACCAAGGAAACACCAAAAGGGAAACGAGAACUUUGGGAUCUAGGAGUUUUACACGAGAUUAGCGACUUUUCAGUAGAGUGGGCGAACUUCUGGGACUUUGUGUAAAUAUUUUUAGUUGUACGCUUAAGUGGGAGGACUCGAUGGGCUUCUUAUUGCUAAACUAGUUUAGCAAACUCGCAGUGAUUGUGAAACUAAUUUAGAUUGUCUUCGCAUAGCCAUAGCAAUAGCAUUAAAUUUUAAUAGACGGGUGCCAAUAGGUGGUGCUAAAAUGAUUCAUUUACAUUAUAAUUCGAUUCGAUUUGAUAAUUGUGUGCUGCAGGCUAUCAGGCCUUGAUUACGAUGAAAAAUCUGUUCUGCUUUUUGUUUGUUAUAGUUAUUUGCAAUAUAUAUAAACACCCAAUCAUAUACAUGUACGAAACUCGGAACCUAUUAAAGUUAUCAUUUUUAUAAUGCAUAUAAAGUG